AUGGCCUCUGAAUCAUCGAAGCUGCCAUCCGCUCCGAAGAGACGGGCGAGACUCCAAAAGUCGUGCACCGAGUGUCAGAGGCGGAAGCAGAAGUGCAUAACCCGACAGCCUGGCGCGCAGUGCGUCAACUGCUCGAGGCGGUUCCCGCCCGUGGAGUGUACCAUUGUCCAACUCGGACCAUGUAUCCCGAAGCCGGUGUACGAAACACAAGUCCUCAACUUUGAGCUGUCCACGCUUCCCUCGAGAUCGGGGAAGCAGACAGAGGUGACUUUCCACGGUCUCUGCGCCACCUCGUUACUCGGCAUCGCGUCCCUGGACUUACCCGGUAGACUGCCCGUCCGAAAUCGCUACAGGGGAGAGCCCAAGUCGAGAUGCUUCGCGAGCCAUCAUGAUCACGCACGCCUCGGGGGAGACUGCUGCGAGGACAAUCGAGAAGAGGAGAGGGCCGUGUCGAAGGGCAAGACUCGCGCCAACCUCUUUCUCGAUGGAGACGGUGACCCCCUGGCCUUCUUCCACAAUAGUAUCGCAUCCAUCGGCGGUAUCCUCACUGAAGUUACGACCCUUCACGGCAUGCCGCUCCACGAAGGGCCUAGAACGACGGAGCUUUUACAUUUUUACGUCCAAUUCGUCGCGCCCAAUAUGGUGUCGAUUGAUGGCCAGAGCCAGCCGCCCGUGUUCCUCACGGAGGUCUUACCGUGGAUGCUGCAAUCCCCUCUGUUUCCCAACAUUGGCAUUCUCAUGUCCUCGAUGACUCAGUCACUCGAGCGAGGGGUGGAAGUCGCAAAGAGUCCCGAGUCGCUCGCCCUCAAGUCCUGGGUGCUGUCAAUGAUUGCGGACUACAUGCGGCGACCAUUUGAUGCGAUCGCGACUGAGAUGGUCCGGUGCAUUGUGAAUCUGGUCGUUAUGGAGUGGUUUUGGGGUGCCGAUGAGAGCAUGUUCGCUCACAUGAGAGGCAUCAAGCGCAUGAUUAAACUUCGCAAAGGCAUGCGAGGGCUGGGAGACAUUGUAGGAGAAUCCAUCCUAAUUCUAACCGAUUAUGAGAUUGCCUGUGCCUUUGAGACGGAUCUCUACUGGUUAGAAAACGACCCAGCUCGGGACGAGGAAAUCCCCAUCCCGACGACGUGGCCAUACUGCUACGACAGCCCCUUGCUGGCGUCCGCACCGCGGUUCGAGAGCAUCGCAGAGAAGCUCGGCAUCUGCGCCGCGACGGCCAAGAUCCUGGACGACGUGCGGUUCCUCACGGAGUCCGUCACAUCGGCAUCGGCGUCGGGGGCGAGCAAAUCAAAGAUUCGAUCAACCGCAUCGUGGCUGUACGACAAGCUGCGGGAGAAAGGCACAGCAGCAGCAACGGGACCCACACAAGUCGCCUCCAGCUCCUCCGAAAAAGAACGGAUCCUCGAGACCGUCAGGAUCGCCGCCGUGAUUUACAGCUGGUCCAUUAAGUCUCUGCGACAGAUUUCGCUGUUCGACGACGCCGAGAUGCUCCGGGCGGCGUAUGCCAGUUUGACGAGCGUGAGCAUGACUACAUGGAAAGGGAUCCCGGGGGUGUUCUUGUGGGUGAUGCUGGUGGCGGCCCCGAACGCGGCGGCCGAUGCCAAGGGGCGGUUCGUCAGGAGGAAGAUGGCCGUGACGGGGCUGUCGAUCGGGUUCGAGGACUUUGCGCUGGGGAUAUCGUACCUCAAGGCGUUUUGGGGCGUGCAGCGGUGGAUCGCCAGGGAAGGGGGCGGCGAGGGCGAGGGCGAGGGCGAUGGCGUGGGAGAGGGCGCCGGGGUGCGGAGGCACGAGAGGCUGGAGGAUAAGUGGUCUUUUGGGUCUUGGCCGGGAGUGUCGGUAUAG